CCUCUUCCUCCCGCCAGCUCUGCGACCUGCUGAGCUAAUUCCCCAACCCCCGAGCCUGGGGGGAGUUUGGAGGGAACCCAGGUGUCCGGGCUCCUGUGUGUGGAUUGAUGAGGCUGGGGCCGGGCUGGGGCGGAGCCAGGCGGGGGGGCUGGUAUAUAGGGCAGAGAAGCUCGCUGGGCAGCAUCACGUCCUCAGCGCCCCGUGGGGUGGAGAGAGACCCCCCCAACACACACACACACACACACACACACACACACACACACACACACACGGCCAGUACGAUGCUACGGCAACCGACCCUAUGGCUCGGGCUGGGGACCCUGCUCUGCCUGCCCCACGGCCCGGCCGGCCGGCCCAGCACCCAGCGCCUCAGCAAGGGCGUGGACUGGCUGACCCGCUACGGCUACCUGCCCACCCCCGACCCCAUGCAGGCCCGACUCCAGACCGAGGAGGGGCUGGAAGAUGCUGUCAGAAUGAUGCAAAAAUUUGCAGGACUGCAGGAGACGGGGAUUCUGGACGACAGGACCCUGGCGAUGAUGGACCAGCCGCGCUGCUCCCUCCCCGACAUCAUCGGCACCUCGGAGCUGAUGCGCCGGCGGAAGCGUUACGCCCACAGCGGCAGCGUCUGGCCCAUGAAGGAGCUGACCUGGAGAGUCCGCUCCUACCCCCAGACCUCCGGCCUGCCCCGGGACCAGGUCCGCACCCUACUCUUCUACGCCCUGCAGGCCUGGGGCAACGCGUCGGCCCUGACUUUCCGCGAGGUGCCCGGCGCUGGCGCCGACAUCCUGGUGGAUUUCAGCCGCUCCUUCCACCAGGACGGGUACCCCUUUGACGGGCCGGGCAGCACCCUGGCCCACGCCUUCUUCCCCGGGGAGCAUCCCAUCUCCGGAGACACCCACUUCGACGACGAGGAGACCUGGAUCUACGACCCCCAGGCCACGCAGCUGGGUGCCGGCACAGAUCUCUUCGCCGUGGCGGUUCACGAGUUCGGUCACGCCCUGGGGCUGGCCCACUCCUCCACCAAGGAGUCCAUCAUGAUGCCCUAUUACCAGGGCCCCGUGGGGCUGCCCCAUCUCUACCAGCUGCCCCCCGAUGAUGCCCUGGGCAUUCAGACCCUGUACGGGAGGAGACAACUUCGCCCCGGAGAGGAGCCGUCGGCGCAGCCCAUCCCCACUCGGCCCCGCAUCCCCGAUCUGCCACCCCACAGACCCACCUGGCAGCCCCGCCCACCGGCCCCUGAUCGCUGUCAGGCCCAUUUUGAUGCCAUCGCCAACAUCCGCGGGGAGGUUUUCUUCUUCAAGAAGAAGCAUUUCUGGAGGAUGCAGCCAGCCCGUAACCUGGUUUCCCUGGAGCCAGCUCAGACCCAACGCUUCUGGAUGGGGCUCCCCCCAGAUUUUGGGGCAAUCAAUGCCGUCUAUGAGCGGAGUAACGACAGCAAGAUCGUCUUCUUCAUUGGGCAGCAUUUCUGGGUCUUCACUGACACCCGGGUGGAUCCAGGGUCUCCCCGCCCCAUCACUGACCUGGGGCUGCCCCCAGGAGUCACAGUGGAGGCAGCCUUCGUCUGGGGGCACAAUGGCAAGACCUAUCUCUUCGAGAACUCCCACUACUGGCGCUUCGACGACCGAGCUGGAAAUGUGGAGCCCGGGUACCCCAGAUCGCUGACCCUCUGGAAGGGGGUGCCCUCUGGGCUGGAUGACAUCAUCAGCUGGAACGAUGGAAGCACCUACUUUUUCAAGGGCACCCAGUACUGGCGCUUUCUGGGGGGCAGCGUGGAGGCUGAGAGCGGCUACCCCAGGUCAGCCCCCCAGGACUGGAUGUACUGCCAGGGCUCCCCCACUGCAUCUCCGGCUCCGGGGCCCCGGGGUGGGAGCGGUAAGCCUGGAGUUGGCCAGUGUCUCUGCAGUGGGGCCCUGCCGGGCCCCCUGCCGGCCUUCCUGACUUGGACCCUGGCUCUGGCAUGGGCCCUGCGGUGACACCUGCCAUGCUGUGCCGAUGCACUUUACGACCCACCGUAUCCCACCACUGGCACCAGAGGGCAGCUGUGUGCCCAGAGAUGUUGUCUGUGUGAAGUAUCCCACUGUUGCCACCAGAGGGUGCAGCAUGCCCAGGUGAACAGGAGAGUGGGCCGGGGGGGGCAUGGGGGAUAUCUGUCAUAGUUAUUUCUCGCUUGCCCCAUUUGCUGGGUGACUGUGCCGGGGGGGGGGGGGGGGGCGCCGCAAGUUAAUGGGGAGGCCGGGCCGGGGGGCAGUGGUGGGAGGGGGAUUGAGGGGAGCCUGUGAAAUUGUCCGACCCAGAGUUUUCUAAUAAAAGCCAAUGGAAAC